AUGGAGUUUGACAACAGCUUAAGAGAGGAUUUUCCUUUUCUUUCCAGCUUUUUCUCUGAUAAUCCCUUGAAACCAGCUGAUUUAACAAAUGGGUUUUCCGUAGAAACCUCUUCCUCUAAGGAAUUGGUUCAUGAUUUUCAGCAUUUUGAUGAUCAUCAUCACCACCACUUUCCCAUCAGUGGGUUUAGUCUGAAUCCUGAUGAGAACCAUGUUGAUGAUGAUCAUCAUCAUCAUUUCAACGUUGAGGAGUCUUCCUCAGACCCCCUUGCUGGGAUUCAAGCCCCAUGGGCUUCUGAGGAGUUUCUGAAGGAUUUCAAUGCCUAUGCUUCUACCCUUUUAGCAUCUGAUGGAAACAUGCAUGGCUUUGAGAAUUCUGUAGGCCUUUGGGAUAAUAAUCCUCAGAAAAAUUUGGUUCUGCCUCUGAACAUUCAAGAACUUGGAUCAGCAAAUGUUAGGCUGGCAGAUGACGUCUCAUGCAUAACCUUGGAAAAUGGAUAUCACAGGAGUGCUGCUGCUUAUGAUGAGAAGAAGAGGAAGCGAGUGAACAUAAGAAAGGCAACCAAAAUUCAAAAGAAAAACAACAUAAUCAAAGGCCAGUGGACUCUUCAAGAAGACAGGCAGCUGGUGCAGUUGGUAGAUCAGCUUGGAGUUAAGAAAUGGUCUCAAAUCGCUAAGAUGCUGAAUGGAAGAGUGGGGAAGCAGUGUAGGGAGAGAUGGCACAAUCACUUGCGGCCAGACAUUAGGAAAGAUACAUGGAGUGAGGAGGAAGAUAUGAUACUAAUUGAAGCCCACAAAGAAAUAGGAAACAAAUGGGCAGAAAUUGCAAGGAGGCUGCCAGGAAGGACUGAGAACACUAUCAAAAACCAUUGGAAUGCAACAAAAAGAAGGCAGCAUUCAAAGAAGAAAUGCAAGGACCCAAGUCUGCAGGGCUCCCUCUUGCAAAGCUACAUAAAGAGCCUUUCUACUUCAACUUCGCCCACAAUCGACAAGAAUAUUACUCUCUCAGCAGAAAUGUCAAACGUACAAAUGUUCAAUGUGAUGAUGACCAAACCCCAAAUUCAGAUGGAGGGCUCAGAUGUCACCUCCACAGACUGGACAGCACUCCCACCGUACGAUCAUAACAAGGCUCUGGAUUUGUUUUCAGACAAAAACAUGGCUCCUGAAAACAAUGGCUUUGUGUCCAUGCUUGAGGAGAUCCCCUGCAAUCCUGUGGUUGAUGACAGCAGCAAUAUGGAGUUUGAGAUGCAUUUCGAGAUGGAUAGUCUUAUGCAGGGUGAGUUGAAGGAGAUGGAUUUGCUGGAGAUGAUAUGUCAGGGAAAGCUUUGAGCCGCCAUCUGCAUGUGGAAUUCCUGGUGGGCUUCUCAAAAGGGUAUGAAAAGAUCAUGCAAGUAGUGGAUUAAAUGUCAUUUCUGCAGGGUUUUUUCUUUCUUUUUCGUAUGUGUGAG